AUGGGCUCCACUAAGGAUGCAAAAAAUAAUGAUAAUAAGAAUGAUAGAGGGUUUAAAAACCAAUCUGGCAACAAAUUUGCUAAUUUAAAACCACAUGAUUACUGUACGGGCCCAAUAAGCAUUGAAUAUAAACAUACUGACAAAGAAAAGGGGAAACAAGAAAGGGAAAACAAAGAUGGAUCCACCCAAUCAAGUGUAUCAACAGAAUCGCAUUCCCCUCAGGUCAGCAACCACUUAGAAAAACUGUCCUCCUUUGAUUCGCCUUUACAUUUACCAAAUUUCAAGUUGGCAGAUGACCUGUUUUCAAACUCGUCUAGAAGAUCAUCAGAUUCAGCUGCGUCAUUUUCUGUAUCCAAACUUAAAUCUGCUCAACUUUCCAAAAUUAAUUUGCAUUCACCUCACAUAAAUAAUAAUAAACCGAGCCGUAAAAGUGGAACCCCAACUUCUGAAUCAAAUGACAACCUUUCACCUGACCCAUCUGCACCGCGAUUCAUUUUAUCUAGUAUGGUUGGUAAUGGCCGAGGAGGUGGUGGUCUACAUGGUGCAACUUCCAACGUCGUUAAAAAACUCCAUUCUAGAAAAAAAUGGGACUGGAAUAGUUUACCAGCGUGUGACUCCUCUCUUUUAAUAAAGACCGCCUCGGGACAUCAUAAUGUUAUUAAUAUAUGCAUAGACGGUGAAUUCAAACAAAUAAUGUACGAUCCGAAUCAUAACGAGCUCUUUAAUAGAAUGGACUUGUUUCUCUCUUUUAACAUGGACUCUUCGCCAAAGGACUCCUUAAUUUUCGCUAAGAAAAGAUUACAAUCAUAUAUUGAUUUUCUUACAAAAUAUUUGGAGUCUAGGAAAUAUGCAUUUGAAUGUUAUCCAUUUAACAUCGAAAACAUCAUAAACAUAGAAACUGAGGUGAAGUGCUUUCCAUCCUUUGACCCGUUGAAAGAUUAUUCUGAAAUAGAGUCCCUGAUUCAAUUAUGGCUGGCUCAGUCUCAGAAGUUUUUAUUACAAUCAAACUCAUUCUUCUUUUCAUCUGAAGUAGUACAAGAACUAAUAAAAAGAAAACCAACCACCAGGCAACAUUCUAAUCCAGCAAUAAGCACCUCCAGCAAUAAAAUAAAUGACCCUACAUUAUAUAUUCAGCAAUUAGAUAUAGAGUCAAACUCCCCAAGACCAGUGAUAUCCGAUCCUUUAGAUGAAAUUGACAUCUUACUAAUAAGACCGCUGCAUAAGACUUUGGGUGGUUGGCAGCUAGCGUACGAUGAGCCAAGCCUAAACGUUGCUGACUUCCCAUUGGAUUUAUCUCCGUGGAUGAUCGACAGCAGCAACAAUACUACUGAAAAUAAGAACGCUAGUAACAGUGCUAGCGUUCCCGAAUACUUGACAAACUUACAAAAUCAUCUACCAAGAAAGGGUUCAAAAGUGAAAAUUGUCUCUGAUGAAAAGGAAGUUAUUGAAUUGAACUCCUCAAAUGCUUCAGACUAUAUGUAUGAUUGUAUGAAUAGAAAGUUUUUCACAGAUGAUGCGAAAGAGCGUAUUUCCAGGAACAACUUUAAUCAAGGACUUGAUGAAGACCCUUUAAACAACCCAUUUUCUUCGACUAGAUCUUUAUCAUUACCAUCAUCGGGGGCAGAUGUUGUCAAAAGAAAGAAGAGCCCCACAAAGAAUAAUAAAAAAUCAGGUUUUGUGAACUUUUUCAAAAGAAAGCAUUCUCAACUUGCAUCAACAUCGCAUAAUACAAGUCCCACAGUUUCCCCUAACAUAUCUUCUUCUUCUUCUCCCAAAAUGCAACCACAACCACACAUCUCCAGUCCCCCUCGGACAGAUAAAUUUCACCAUAUCAAAUCAAGUAAUCAAGCGCUUCAAAAUGAGUGGUUGGAAAACUUCUUCUGCCGCACUUUGAACAACUACAAAGAAAUAGACUUACCAACACAAUUUAUUCUGCCCAAGGAAGCGAAGAAGUCUUCAAAAGCACAAUCUCAGCACGAAGGAGAACCAUCUUUGUCAUCUCCGACUUCCUCUAAUUCAGACUCUGUCCCAAGUGAAGGACUAGAUAGGGCAAAGAGUGCAGCUCUUUAUGGUAAAGAAUACUUGCAACUAAGAUUGCCAUUCGCAUCAGACACUAUACCGGCCGUAAUAUGCCCGUGGGUUUGGACAAGUCUAAGUUAUUACAAAUGGAAAGCUUUACUAAGGGAGAUAUACAGGUUAAUCAUUCCUGGCGGCUACGCGCUCGCUAUUGUUCCAGAUUUAAGAAUUUCAAAUACUUACUAUACUGGAAUCCUUGGUGAUGCAAAUGCUAACAAUGCGAUUGGUACUUCAGAAGAAUUUGUGACGACGAAGGAAAGAGAUAAGACUUUUGAUGCUAUGGCUAUAGAUGCCAUAAAUAAAGGCUUGCAUAUCCACCCAACCAAGCAUUUGACAAGAACGUUCAAAGAGGUAGGGUUUUCAGGGAUUAAAUCCUCUGUCCUAAGUCUGAAGACGGGUGACUUUAAAACAGAUAUGGGUUUCUUGAAUGAAUUUAACUCUUUAGAUGUGUGGGAUUACAUGUUAAGAAAGCAAAUACCAGAUAGUAGUUGUCCUCCAAAAGACACCGACCCUACCACUCUUUUCAAAAGAUAUGUGGAGGAACACAUGGGAAAAAUUGAUGAUAACGCCGGUUGCUUCAGAACCUUAUAUGUGGUGGCGCAAAAACCAAAACUACCAUAUAUAAAAUAA